CGGCGCCGCCCCGGCCCCUUGCCUUCCUCUUCCCGGCGCGGCCCCCCGGCGCCCGCGCGCCGCCCGCCGCCAACCCGCUGGCCACCAUGUCGGUGGAGCUGGAGGAGGCCCUGCCGCCCACCGGCGCCGAGGGCGCGCGCGCGGCGGCCCGCGGAGGCCCCACCGCCCCGGCGCGGAAGCGGAGGAGCCGCAAGAAGAACCAGCCGGGCCGCUACAGCCAGCUGGUGGUGGAGACGAUCCGGCGGCUGGGCGAGCGCGGCGGCUCCUCGCUGGCGCGCAUCCACGCCGAGGCCAAGAAGCUGCCGUGGUUCGACCAGCAGAACGGGCGCACCUACCUCAAGUACUCGGUCCGCGCGCUGGUGCAGAACGACACGCUGCUGCAGGUGCGCGGCUCGGGCGCCAACGGCUCCUUCAAGCUCAACCGCAAGAAGCUGGAGGCCGGCGCGGCCCGCGGCGCCCCCGCCGCCGCCGCCAAGGCCGCCGCGCCGCAGGCCGGGCGCGCGGACUCCAGGCCCGGCCCGGCCCGGCCCGAGCGGCGCGCGCCCGCCCCGGGCAAGGGCGCCGCGGCCCCGAAGGCGGCGCCCGCCGGGGCCAAGAAGGCGAAGAAGGCGGCCAAGCCCGGCGCGCCCCGAACCCGCAAGUGA